AUGGUCUCGUUUAAGUUCUUUAAUCCUUAUUUUGCAUUUCUUGCAAUCUUCUUGUUGGCUUUUAUCCAAGCAAGCCACGCUGAAGACGAGACGUUUACGCAAGAGUUUAUAAGAAAGAAUAAUGACGUUAUCACUAGACUUACUCGCCAAAACCCAUAUUUCGUUGGAAUAGCAGACGGUACUAUCAAAGAUUCUGCAUUUAUACGUGAUAUUAUCCAGUCACAUCACUGGUUCACCCUUUGGGCAAGGUCUGCAGGAUAUGCAUUAACUAAAGCUCCUGUUCCGCCUCGGAAAGACUGGAACCUUGGCAACGUAGCACCGGAAUUUUUCAUAGACCUUAUAGCAGGUGCUAUAAAUAAUACUCAAAGUAUUUCUACUUACUUGAAAAGUCUCGCAUUAAAACAUAACUUCGACAUUUACGGCGAACCAGCUUCCGCUGCCAUCAAGGCCGAUGGUGAUUAUAUGAUUAAUGUUGCCAAGAAGCUCCCCCUUGAAGCGUGGUUAGCCGAAAAUUGGGUCGGAUUUAGAUUUACUCGUGAGGCAUAUUCGAUCGCUCAAGAAUCUGUAAAAAAGAACGGGUACCAAUAUGCUUUUCAGGACUACAUUGACUUAUUUUCUGACCCCAGUAUGAAAACCGCGGCAGACCAGCUCGAGUUUUUAAUAAACGCUAUUUAUAAGUCUAAGAAAUCAAAUAAAAAAUUGGCAUUUAAAGUUCUUAGGCAGCAUUUGGAGAAUGAUUACGCGGUUUAUGAGGAUGAUUUGUAA